UUGUUAAGUGAAUGACUGCAUCUGUUAAAUUAGUAACAUGGUUGUUAAGUGAAUCUGUCUUCCCCACUGACUUUGCUUGUCAGACAGUCGCAAAAGGUAAUCACGUGACCCCAGAACAUUGGAACCGUCAUAAAGGGUCAGUUGCCAAGCACCACAAUUUUGAUCACUUGACCAUGGAGAUGCUGCAAUGGUGGCCAUGAGUCACUUUUUUCAGUGCCGUUGUAACUUUAAAUGGCCACUAAAUGAUCUGUUGUAAAUCGAGGACUACCUAUAGAUACAAAGCCUUGAAGAACCAUAGAGCAUUGCUUAAGAAAGAAGCUCAAAAUAUCAAACUGUGGAUCUUACUUAAUAAAUACAGACUGAUCCACUUUUUCAUGCAGAGUACUCUUCAAAAGCCAAAAUAAAGAUGUGUUUCAACAACUGGGUUUACAUUUAAGCAAACCGGUUGUGAUUCUCUAACCCCUGCUUGAGAUUUGCAGGGCAGAGACCUUAGAAAUGCAAAUACAAUGAACAUGGCUUGAACUAUGUACCUGGACUACACUUAUCUUUCAGCAUUUGUCUGUGCUAAAUUGAAUGUACAGCUCAGGUAGCAAAGGGCCUUACAGAGCAGCUAAGUCUCUCCUCUUUCACUUUGCUUUCCAAAAAAAACUGACAAAGAGGAAAUCAGAUAUGAAGGUAAUUUUGACAAAGACCAGCUCAAGACAGUCACAAGCAGAGGCAUUUCUGUCCAGAUUCCUGAAAUUCCAUCAGAAUGAUGGCAAAGAUGGGGAAAAAAAUCCAUAUGCUAUAUAUGGAAAGCCUCGCAGCACACAAAAUAUAAUCAAUACAUUCUUACAUCCCUGUCACUUCUCUAUAGCAACUGUUGAUUGACCGUAUUGUGACGAUACUUCUAAUUUAAAUUCCAAUGAUUAAUAUUGGGAAAAUAGCAAAAGGUCUUAUACUACGUCAGCAGCUAGUAAGUUAUUUAUCCCAUGAGCUUUCAUAGAUCACUUAAUCAAAUGCAUGCACGGUACCCUGAGAAAGGAAGAUUAUAAUCAUGGAUUCCUUUUGGAGAGAGGGUACAAAAACUAACAGCUGAAGAUAAUAAAGAUAGAAGUCAGAAUUGCAUUAGAAAUCCACAAACAUUUAUUGAUCAAUUCAUGGGGCUUUAAUGAUAUUUUAAAAUAUCACACACUUUAUUGUUUUUGCUACAAAGGACUAAUGUGGUUACUGCUCCUUUGUCCAUCAUUAAAAUAGGAUGUUGUUUUAGAUGAAAACCAAUACUUCUGACUGCAAAUACCUACUAUUAGCCAACCACAGCACUCCAGAAGAAAUUUUAGUAUGCUUUUUUAAUUUUUUAAUUGGAAGCACUGAAACUACUGAGCAAAGCAGUACUAAGCUAUGUGCCUUUCCCAAGGACUGCAGUUUUGUCUUUUUUACCUUUCAAUGAAACUGGAAAAUUAAGAAACAUUACAAAGUUUGUCUAUUCAACUCCUUUCACCAGCCCUCUCUGCCCUAUCCUCAUUUCUACAAAGAAAGAAGUUCUAUAAGAAGAAAAUCCAAUUUUCCUUACAUGAGAAAUUUGAUACAUCUAUGGUGAAAAAAAUAAUCCAUUUCUCCCUUGCCACAUUUUUCCUGUGUAGUCUUAUCUCAACACAAAAUAACGUGGAAGCAUUUGAAAUACUCUCUUACCCUUCCCAAGAGUAUUAAGAGAACUAGUAACAUACAUCUUCUAUUUACAGGAGAUUAUACUGUGGUGAACGACAAAAAAGAGAGCUUUUUUAAAACAAAAAACAAAAGCUUCCUAAACUUUUAUGAGAAGUCAAGAGGAAUCUGUAUGAGUCAGAGAAAAGAGAAUAAAAUAAUAAUAACGACGACACAGGACCUGUGCAUAAAAAGGAUGUUAUGAAGGCAUCAGUCAUGCUGGAGCAUGAUCCACAGUAUGCAGUGAUCUUGGCAUUUGAUGUGAGGAUUGAACGAGAUGCCCAGGAAAUGGCUGGUAGUUUAGGGGUUAGAAUCUUUAGUGCAGAAAUUAUAUAUCAUUUAUUUGAUGCCUUCACAAAAUAUAGGCAAGACUACAAAAAACAGAAACAAGAAGAAUUCAAGCAUAUAGCAAUAUUCCCUUGUAAGAUGAAAAUACUUCCUCAAUUUAUUUUUAAUUCUCGUGAUCCCAUAGUGAUGGGAGUCCUUGUGGACGCAAGUCAGAUAAAACAAGGAACUCCAAUUUGUGUAUCUAGUAAAAAUUUCAUUGAUAUUGGAAUAAUUACAAGUAUUGAAAUAAAUCACAAACAAAUAGAUGUUGCAAAAAAAGAUAAAGAAGUCUGUGUAAAAAUAGAAUCAAUUCCUGGUGAAGCACCAAAAAUGUACGGUCAACAUUUUGAAGCAACUGAUAUACUUGUCAGCAAGAUUCGUCGUCAGUCCAUUGAUGCCCUGAAAGACUGGUUCAGAGAUGAAAUGCAGAAGUCUGACUGGUAACUUAUUGUGGAGCUCAAGAAAGUAUUUGAAAUCAUCUAGGUUCUGUCAAACUUUGAACAAUGAUUAGCUUAUAAUUAUUAUAAUUGCAACCAAAGGAUUUAUCGAUGUCCUCAUACUCCAGUUUGUAUUGAUUAAAGAAUUUAAUUGACUAGUCCUUAUGUUGUUGUUGUUGUUGAAUUCUGAAGCAUGCUAGGUAAACAAUCACAUCAACCUUUCAGCAUAUCAUGCCAAAUUUUAAAUCUGCGCUGAUGCAGAAAUAUACCAAGUUUUGUAUGGGCCUACUUUUUGGCAGCUUAGAAAUGGCUGACAAAUGCUGACGUGAUAAAGAUGCCUGAAAGCCAACCUGUCCCAUUCAUAAUUUUGCUAGUAUUGCCACAUUUUGGCCACAUAGCCUAUUUUAGUAUACACCCUAGGCUUGGUAUGCAAGAAAAUAUUGCAGCCACAACACUGCAACAAGCAGGACAUGUGAGAUAAUCCUUAACAAUCAUUAUCACGACAGAAAAUUAUGAUCCUUAGGAAAGGAAGGUAUCAUCCAUGACUGCAUUCUAACCACUGCGUCACAAUAAGAGCCUUGGGGGGCAGUGGUUAGAAUGCAGUA